GGCCUUUUAGUGCAAGGUCCGGUUAAUGUGAUCUUGCAUAGUAUUAAAGGAGGAGUACACAGACUUCUGCAUAUUAAAGGAGGAGUACACAGACUUCUGCAUAUUAAAGGAGGAGUACACAGACUUCUGCAUAUUAAAGGAGGAGUACACAGACUUCUGCAUAUUAAAGGAGGAGUACACAGACUUCUGCAUAUUAAAGGAGGAGUACACAGACUUCUGCAUAUGCUCUGCAAUGAUGGGUUCUCCUUGAUCAGGUCUGAUGGUCAUCACAAAAUAUGGAAAGGAUCUUGAAAAUGAAGUGCGCCAUAUUCACCCUCUUCCUCCUUCAUUGCAUGGUUCUUUGUGGUGCGGAGACUGUGUCGUCUGCUGUGUGGAGUGAUUCGGCAUUCAGAGCUUCCCUUCCAGAUGUUGUAAGCAUGGAAAAUGGCAGCUCUACAAAUAUAACCUUGACUUUAAUACCACUGAAUGAGACUGCUGUGUUUACAUUCAACAUUACCUACUCUUCUAAGAACAAAACCAUUGUCCACUUUCCUGAACAAAUUGUCCUGUUACCAAAGUCGAACCAAUCAACUUUUACUGUGGCCGCGGAAGAUGUGGGACAAGUCACUGCCUAUUUGUACAGCAAUAGUUCUCACACUGCUGGGCCAAGAAUCCGGUUCCUGGUGAUCCACAGCCUUGCUGUUCAGAUACUGGAGCAGAUUAUUGGCUGGAUUUAUUUCUUGGCCUGGUCUGUAUCCUUCUACCCUCAGGUGUAUGAGAAUUGGAGGAGAAAAAGCGUUGUGGGCCUAAGCUUUGACUUCCUGGCGUUAAAUCUCACUGGUUUCAUAUCUUAUAGUGUUUUUAAUGUUGGACUCUUCUGGAUUCCAUACAUUAGGGAACAAUUUUUACACGUCAAUCCCAAUGGAGUGAUCCCAGUUGAUGCCAACGAUGUGUUUUUUAGUCUCCAUGCGGUGCUGCUAACCCUUGUUACUAUUAUUCAAUGCUGCAUUUAUGAGAGGGGAGAACAAAAGGUUUCCAAAGUUUCCAUUGGUCUACUGGUCGUUGCCUGGCUCUUUGCGUUCUCCAUGCUGUUUGUGUCGGUGGCGGGGAAAAUCACUUGGCUUCAGUUCCUGUUCUGCUUCUCCUACAUAAAACUGGCCAUUACUCUGAUGAAAUACUUCCCACAGGCAUACAUGAAUUUCCGCCGGAAAAGUACAGCAGGAUGGAGCAUUGGAAACGUGCUGCUUGAUCUCACUGGUGGCAGCUUCAGCAUUCUCCAAAUGUUCUUGCAGUCUUAUAAUAACGAUGAAUGGACAUUAAUAUUCGGUGACCCCACAAAAUUUGGCUUGGGACUCUUCUCUAUUAUCUUUGACUUUGUAUUCAUCACCCAGCACUAUUGCUUGUACCGCAAAUAUCAAGACUAUCACAACGUUUGACCAAGCCAACCACACUCCAAAGCAUUAUUUUUUAAGAAGUAUGAAGAUACAUUUUUCAUUUUUGUAUGUUUAGAUACUUUUGAUGCCGAGUUGUGCCUUACCUUGGUGGUGCUCACUGCUGUUCUGUGAACCAGGGGCAUUUUGCUGACAGUGCUGCCAAGCAGAGAUCAAAAUCAUUGAUAACUAGCAUUUAUGGAUAUUUAUUGUUUUCAAUUGCACAUGGCCUAACUUCUCUCAUCUACCACAUUUGUGGCUAAAAUAGAAUUUGCCAGUUGACUUUUUCUAAUUCCUAUUCUCAACGAGGGUUCCUCCAGAGGAUGAAAGGGGUUCCUUGUGCUGUGGCCGAUUGCCCUUCCAUUUGAUGCGCCCACAUAUUUCCAGGUUAAUCGCCACUUGGAAAAGCCUGCAGCAUGACACCAAUGAUCUAUUUAGCUGACAAAGGUGGCAUUCUAACCGCCAUUGUUGGGGGCAUUUUUCUAAUGGACUAAUUUUGUCAGGGUUCCCUGACACCUGAAAAAUUUAUUUAAGGGUUCCUUUGGGGUAAACAGGUUGAGAAGGGCUGGCAUAGCACUUAAUUUACUAUAGGAGAAUAGACUGUUUACUUAUUCUUGGUUCACACCUGUGCGUUUUUUUUUUGUGCAAUUUGCAGAAACGCACUACCACUAGUUCACAUCUGUGCCUUUUUGAACAAGUGUGUUUUUUUGGAAAGGGUCAGGGUAAUGGACUUUAACCACUGGCCAACCACCUUCCGCAUAUAUACUGCUGAAAGGAAGGUGGCUGGGCUGCUCAAAGGUCCGUGCAUAUGGUAUUAUGGGCGUGAGCAAUCCCGCAGACUCUAUGUCCGCUGGCCACCCACGAUCGCGGUAAAGAGGUAGAAAGGUGGAUCCCUGCUCUGCCAGGGGACAACACAGAGAUCUGCUGUUCCUAGUAAUCAGGAACAGCACUCCGUGUUGUCCCAGCAAGCCCAUCCCCCACACAGUUAGAAC